UUUUUCUUUAAUAAGAUGAGUGUUGUUGAGAAAAUCAAGGAAAUCGAAAAUGAAAUGGCCAAGACCCAAAAAAACAAGGCCACUUCAUAUCACUUGGGUCAACUGAAAGCAAAACUUGCAAAAUUAAAGCGUGAAUUACUUACACCUUCUGGAGGAGGAGGUGGUGGUGGAGUUGGCUUUGAUGUUGCAAAGACGGGUAUUGCUAGAAUUGGUUUUGUUGGUUUUCCUUCUGUGGGUAAAUCAACUCUAAUGUCUAAAUUGACGGGUACCACUUCCGAAGUGGGUGCCUAUGAAUUCACUACCCUUACAACAGUUCCUGGUGUUAUUCAAUAUAAAGGAGCCAAGCUUCAAAUUCUUGAUCUUCCCGGUAUUAUCGAAGGUGCCAAGGAUGGUAAAGGUCGUGGUCGUCAAGUCAUUGCAGUUGCUCGUACAUGUUCACUUAUUUUCAUUGUUUUGGAUGUAUUGAAGCCUAUGACCGACAAACGAAUUAUCGAAAAAGAACUUGAAGGUUUCGGUAUCAGAUUGAACAAGAAGCCACCUGCAAUUAUUUUUAGAAAGAAGGAGAAGGGUGGUAUCAACAUGACCAACACCGUUCCUUUAACUAAAGUCACAUCUGAAGAAGUAAAGGCUGUGUUGAGUGAAUAUCGUAUCCAUAACGCAGAUGUAGCCUUCAAGGAAGACGCAUCGAUUGAUGAUCUCAUUGAUGUUGUAGAAGGAAACCGUAUCUAUAUUCCAGCUAUCUACGUUUUAAACAAGAUUGAUCAAAUCUCUAUUGAAGAAUUAGACCUCAUAUACAAGAUUCCUAAUGCAGUUCCCAUUUGCGCAAACUAUGAAUGGAACUUUGAUGAACUGUUAGAAGUGAUGUGGCAAAAGUUAAACCUUGUCAGAAUCUAUACAAAACCAAAAGGAAAACUGCCAGAUUAUGAGCAACCAGUUGUGCUCACACAAGAUAAGUGUACUGUAGAAGAUUUCUGUAAUAGCAUUCACAAAUCGAUCAUUGAUCAAUUCAAAUGUGCAUAUGUUUGGGGAGCUUCUGUAAAGCAUAACCCACAAAAGGUUGGUAAAGAACAUGUCUUGAUGGAUGAAGAUGUUGUUCAAAUUGUCAAAAAAAUUUAGAUUAAGUAAUGAUAACAAUAAAACAUGUAUAAAUGCCACUUUUUUUUUAAUCAUCAAUUAGGGGUCGAUGUUAUCACCAUACACUUUGGUGUAUUUAC